AACACCGCUACCUCUUCUCCUCUCGCUCACACAAAGCAGCCUUUGGUUAGAACGAAGAGCAUGGGACAUCAGUACUUGAAGAGGACCGGCUUCGUAUCGGACCAACACUGCUGAACCAGUCCGCCAGAAUCCAUUUUACUGUUUUGAGAUUUAAGUAUUAGAUACGCAUCACCGUUGAAGGAUCAGGACACAACAAUAUCCUGAAUAGCUACCUCGCGUGGUUUUGUAGUGAUACAAUGGGCUGCUGUAGCGGACGGUGCACGCUGAUAUUCCUCUGCACAUUUCAGUUGAUGGUGGCACUGGAGAGGCAGGUGUUUGACUUCCUUGGAUAUCAAUGGGCUCCUAUCCUGGCAAACUUUUUCCACAUCAUUGUCGUCAUCCUGGGCCUGUUUGGCACUAUUCAGUACCGGCCUCGCUACAUCGUAGUGUAUGCAGUCUGGACUGCGCUCUGGGUGGCCUGGAACGUCUUCAUCAUCUGUUUCUACCUGGAGGUGGGAGGCCUCUCCAAGGACAGCGACCUCUUGACCUUUAACAUCUCCGCCCACCACUCGUGGUGGAGCGAGCACGGCCCAGGGUGCAUCCGGCGGGAGAUGACCUCCUCGGGCGUCCGCAGCUCGGACUCGCAGUCCUACAUCUCCGUCAUGGGAUGCCUCCUGGAGUACCAGUACAUCGAGGUCCUUCACAGCGGCUUCCAGAUCCUAGUUGCGCUCUUGGGCUUUGUGUAUGCCUGCUAUGUCAUCAGUGCCAUUACUGAAGAGGAAGACAGCUUUGAUUUUAUUGGUGGAUUUGAGCCUUUCCCUCUCUACCAUGUCAAUGAGAAACCAUCUCAUCUUCUCUUAAAGCCCAUGUACCUGUCUACGUAAGUGAGGGGGCGUCCAGAGAGAAGACGUGUGUGUACGGAGAGGGGGUGCAGUGCUGUUCCUCGGACGAUGCCGGGGCAGCCCAGCUCCACCACUGCAACUACUCAUCACAUUCCACUGUCCAUUCAUCUCAUCUCCCUCCCUUCUCCUCACCAGACCUUCUGCUUUCCACACUGCCCCACUCUCUGCUCUGAUCCUGAUUAUGUGGCUUUGGGGGAAAGGAGGAAAGGAUGCAUAAAGUUCCCACUGGAUACCAUACAGUAUACAUACUACAUUAGAAAACAGACAAUGUUGUAUUAAUCUAGUCAUUUACAAUUUUAAUACGUCGAUUUUCCUGCUAUUGGAUCAUGAGGGUCUGAAUCCUCCGAGCCGUGUUAAUGAGUGUUGUCUGUGCCAUAUUUGGCGUAUAACUGUAUACAGGCUGAAGAGAAGUGCAUUGAAAAGCUUGACAGAGUGGCCCAUUGUUGUUAGUUGGUGUUUAGAGUUCAGAUGUUAAGGUUGGCUGAGUUUUAGUUAUGUAUGUGGAGAGGGCCAGUGUAGACUGUUUACCUCAGUACACGAUCUGCUCAUGUACACAAGCAGAGCAGGAAAGGCGGGUG